UUCGACAAUUAUGCCAUGACUAGGUCGUUUUUUGACUUCAACAUGGGUGUACCAUUUCAAAUCAACUUCGGAGGAAUAUUACGUUUUGAGUAUUCUGUAAACAACCUUGCAUAUGGAAAUGGCUUUCUGAUCAACGCAUUACUGAAGACGUGUUUUGAAUCUUCACUUCCUUGUGUCGAGAUACCAUUGCUAUCUAAAGCAAUAUUUGAAAAACCUGUCUGUUCAUAUGAUCUUGGAUUUGCAGAAAAAGACUUUUCACUCCAACAAUGGCUGUCGAGCAACGGUAUUCUACAAGAAUCUCAAAUAAACCCAAUGUUUAUGUCCAAACUGUACGACAAACUGAACCUAUCGCCCUAUCUUUUUGAAAAGCAAUGCUCACUAAAUUCGUCACAGACCUGGUCCACAGAUUGUGAAUUUCCUAUCGAUGUGCAACAACUUCCAAACAACAUCAACUGCCAUUUUGAUCAAUCUUGUACAAGUUUUACUUGUUGUGUGGAUAUCUCAACUCUGCAAAGGACAUUCUUAGUGAAAUUUCGCAUUGACUCGUGCGAAGACAAAGUGGAACGAGGCAAAGAGAAGUAUCGAAGUACACAAUAUUUAUUCAAUUACAACUGGGGCGAAACCGAGACAAUGUCAUUGUUUGGAGUAAUACGACAACGAUUAAGCGUCGACAAUCUUGAAGCCGAAAAGAAGUUCAUUGUCAGUUUUGGAAUCAGUGUGUGUUUGGAAUCCGAUUCACAUUGUCUUUUCAAUCUGGAAAUACUGACUGAUGCUGUAAUUCCAAAGGCGCUUUGCGGUUGGAACAACGAAUUCUUGAAAAAAGACUUUGAUUACUUGGACUGGCGUCAUGACAACAAUCUUCUUGAAGCUGCCAUCUUGUCUCAAAAUGAAAUUGACGUUUUGGUGGAUGCAUUAGGCGUAACACCCUAUUUAACAUCAAACUGCCAGACCAGCAAUAAAAGUACAGAUGGUCAAACCUGGGUAAACGAGUGUCCGAUAGACAUAUCAUUGCCAACAUUACCUGAAGGCACACAGUGCAUGCUCCGUAGCGACUGCUUUUUUGUCGAGUGUUGCACCUACCUGGACUUUAUCAGACAUGGCAUGCACACCGGAUUCCAUUUACAGCCUUGCACCUUCCUCCUUAAUAUUGAACUUGAAAAACUUUCAUUUACAAUCAACUUGUUUGAAUUUGAGUUUGGGAAAGAAUAUAUUCUACGUCUAUAUGGGGUUUUCGCUUUGAGAUUGCCCGAAUGA